AUGAAGCUUUUUUUCUUCACUUUGUUUCUUCUUUCCUUGAUUCUCAGCUCUUCUUUUACUACACUGACUGCAGCUACACCACCUCCAACCGAACCUGCCCCGACACCAACCCCAGGUUCUUGUGAUGCACUGUGCAAGGCAAGGUGUGCAAAAGCAGGCAUACAGAAGCGUUGCUUGAACUUCUGCGGCAUAUGCUGCAGCAAGUGCAACUGUGUUCCUUCAGGAACAUAUGGUAACAAGUCAGAGUGCCCCUGUUACAGAGACAUGCUCAACUCCAAGGGCAAACCCAAGUGCCCUUAA